AUGACCCACCAACUUCUGCCCCGAGCUGUGGUUUCCUCUCGCUGGCUUUUGGACACUUUACGGGCUGGUUCAGCUCUCAGAUCAAAUGUUCGGGUACUUGAUGCAUCAUGGCAUCUCCCCAAAACUGGACGUGACCCUUGGCGUGAGUACAAGGAGCGUCACAUUCCUGGAGCCUACUUCUUCGACAUAGAUGUUUGCAGUGACCGCACUUCCCCAUAUGACCACAUGCUUCCCAGUGCAGACCAGUUUGCUGAAUAUGCUGGGAAACUUGGAAUCUCUAACAGCAAUCAUGUUGUGGUCUACGACGCUAGUGAUUUCGGCUCCUUCAGCGCUCCCCGGCUCUGGUGGAUGUUUAGGGUUUUUGGGCAUCCAAACGUGUCUGUGUUGGAUGGUGGUUUUAAAGGUUGGUUAAGGGAAGGACAUCCAGUAAAGUCGGGGAAGGAACCUCGCCCAGAGCCAGUAGAGUUCCAAGCAAAGCUGAAUACUUCUCAAGUUAUAGACCAUGAGGAAAUGGAGGACAACGUUGAGAAGAGGAAAUUUCAGGCUGUGGAUGCCAGAGUGGAGGGACGGUUCAGAGGACUUGACCCUGAGCCCGGGAAGGGAAUUGAGCCUGGUCACAUACCUGGCACCAUGAACCUCCCUUUCCCAAGCUUCCUUACAGAAGAAGGCAAUGAAAAGUCUCCCGAAGAACUUAAACGUAUUUUCCAGGAGAAAGGCAUUGACCUGUCAAAACCACUGGUGGCAUCGUGUGGCUCCGGAGUCACUGCCUGCCACGUGGCUCUUGCUGCUUUCCUUUGUGGUAAAGAAGAUGUUGCCAUAUAUGACGGUUCGUGGGUUGAGUGGUACAUGCGUGCCAAGCCAGAGGAUAUUGUAUCAGAAGGCAGGGGGAAGACCUUGUAA